AAUCAUUAUCGUGAGUAACAUUUCCAAAACAGUAAAGAAUAUUUUCACAAGUAUUUCGGCAGACAAGUAUAUACAGACGCAAUUAGAUCUUAGAGCUGAAAAUAGCGAGAGGAAUACGAGAUGGCGGCCGCUCCACUCUACGAAGAGCUGCGCCUCCAUGUCACGCAGGAUAGGUUCAUCAUUGAGCCGCCCGACUCCUCGAAGCAAGUGCUGGUCAUCGACCGAGUGAGCCAGGACAUCAGCCUAGAGUCCGACAGCAGCAUCGCUACGGCGACGACGACUAGCCGGCAGAUCUUCGGCGUGCUCGGCGUCGUGCGGCUCCUCGCCGGGCCAUACCUGAUCGUCAUCACAAAGAGGUCAAAGGUCGGCGAGCUGAACGGCGACGCCAUCUACCGCGUCGACGAGACGGACAUGCUCUCGUACAAGCGCACUUUCUUCCACCUCACCGAGCAGCAGAACCAGGACAACAAGACGUACCUGUCGAUGGUGCAGGCCGUGCUGCAGAUGCCGUCGUUCUACUUCAGCUACGCGUACGACCUGACGCACAGCCUGCAGCGGCUGCAGAACACGAGCCCCGACUUCCGGCAGAUGGCGCUGCAUGAGCGGGCGGACGCGCGUUUUGUGUGGAACGCGCACCUACUCCGCGAGUUCGCCGACCAGCCCGAGCUCGGCCGCUACACGCUGCCCGUCAUGAUGGGCUUCGUGUCGGUGCGCACACUGACGAUCAACAAGCGCGCGUUCAGCUGGGCGCUCGUCAGCCGGCGCAGCUGCUUCCGCGCCGGCACGCGCUACUACGUGCGCGGCGUCGACGCCGAGGGACACGCGGCGAACUUCGUCGAGACGGAGCAGAUCGUCGACUGCGACGGCGAGCGCGGCGCGUUCGUACAGACGCGCGGCUCGAUCCCGCUCUACUGGUCGCAGCGGCCGAACCUGCGCUACAAGCCGACGCCGGUGCUCGACCCUGCGCGCGCGCACGCCGACGGCUACAACCGGCACCUCGACGCGCAGGUGGUCAGCUACGGCCGCCAGGUGCUGAUCAAUCUCAUCGACCACAAGGGCCCCGAGAAGCUGCUCGAGCGCUCGUUCGCGGGCCUCGCGAGCGCGAACGGCAACAGCUACGUGCGCUAUGAGACGUUCGACUUCCACCACGAGUGCCGCAAGAUGCGCUGGGACCGGCUGUCGAUACUGAUGGAGCGCAUCGCUGACGACCAGCUCCGCCUCGGCUACUUCCACGUGCUGCGCGGUGGGCAGGUCGUGCGCACGCAGGAGGGCGUCUUCCGCACGAACUGCAUCGACUGCCUCGACCGCACUAACGUCGUGCAGAGCAUGAUCGCGCGGCGCUGCCUCGAGGAGCAGCUGACGCGCUUCGGCGUGCUCGCCGACGGACAGACGCUGCGCGACUUCGACAUGGCGACGUUCAUCUACAACAACGUGUGGGCGGACAACGCCGACGUGUGCAGCAUACAGUACGCGGGCACGGGCGCGCUGAAGACGGACUACACGCGCAUGGGCAAGCGCACCUUCUACGGCCUCCUCAAGGACGGCUGGAACGCGUCGAUUCGCUACUUCAUCAACAACUUCGCCGACGGCUUCCGGCAGGACGCGAUGGACUUGUUUCUCGGCAACUACGUCGUCGAGGAGAACGAAGGCAUCACGACGCCGUCGCCGCUGCAGACCGAGCGCACGUGGAGGAUACUCGCACUGCCUCUCGUCUUCGUCGCAGCGCUCUCCAUGUGCAUCAUCAGUCUGCUGAUUCCUUCUGACGACCUCCGGGAACAGUUGAUAUACAUUCUGUUUUGGGGAGCUGCAAGCGUCGGCACGCUCUUCUUCAUCCUGCUCUACGGGGUCGAGUUCGUAGACAAGCCGAAACUUGCGCAAGCUAAGCUAAAAACGGAGUGAUGGCAGCGAUGCUAGUCAUCUUCACUUCUAGUGUAUGUCACUGUCUUUAAUCAUGCACAUUCUUUAUAUAUAGGUUCAUGGAAUAAAUUAAUUUAGGUUAAUUAAGAAUUCAUUGUGUAUACAUGUGUGAAGUGACUGUUUACAACACUGGCAGAUUAUAUUGUGUGAUGCACUUUUUCUAGACUAAGUGCAUGUUGCUGCAAUAAUGAUAAAUUAUUACGUUUAAUGUACUCAAGUCUAUAUCGGUUUAAAACUCUACUAACCAAGCCAGUUUAGUCAACAAUGAAACGCCAAUAGUUUAAUAUUUAAAUAUAAGAAACUGAUUAAUAUUUUGGUAAACUACGAGUACAUAGCGAUUAAUUUGACAUACGAUUUAUAAGGUACUAUAUUGUACUUCCUUUGUAAUUUGUCAUCCAGUGUGGCACUCACUGUAGGCAUUACAGAAGCUUUAAUGAAAUUAUUAGCGAAACGUUUCUGCCAUGCUUACAAAUCAUAGGUAUGCUUUGUAAUUGCAUGCUGUUGCUAGCCUAUAGCCUUGUAUAAUAAUAGGCCUCAUCAAACAAGUCGGAAAUAAAGGAUGAAUAUAAAUAAUCAUA